GGGCCCCGGCGGCCUGGGGGAGGGGAGCGCGGGAGCGAUAGUCUCCAGGAAAAAGGCAAAGGCGGGCGCGAGGCUGCCUCCUGAGGCUCUCUCUGCUUGCAGUUCCUCCCGUUUGGCUGACUUGGGAGUCGCUACCUCCGGCACAGGAUGUGGUGCCACAGGUUGUCCCACCUACAAAGGAGUCUCCAGAACCUGCUGAGGAGAGGAGUCACAUGUUGGGCCUUCCAACAGCCCAGCUUCAAAAGCUUAUUUCCAUUAGCCAUCCAUUGGCACCAUACAGCCUCUGAGUCUCUAAAUUGUGCUUGGCAGCAACAUGAAGAUCAUUUUGAAUUGCAAUAUGCUAACACCGUGAUGCGCUUUGAUUAUGUCUGGCUUCGAGACCACUGCCGCUCAGCAUCUUGCUACAACUCUAAGACUCACCAGCGCAGCCUGGAUACUGCCAGUGUGGAUUUAUGCAUCAAGCCAAAGACCAUUCGUCUGGAUGAGACCACACUCUUUUUCACUUGGCCAGAUGGUCAUGUGACUAAAUAUGAUUUGGAUUGGCUGGUGAGAAACAGCUAUGAGGGGCAAAAACAAAAGGUCAUCCAACCUAGAAUCUUAUGGAAUGCUGAAAUCUAUCAGCGAGCCCAAGUUCCAUCUGUAGAUUUCCAAAGCUUCUUAGAAACCAAUGAGGGAUUGAAGAACUUUCUGCAAAACUUCCUGCUGUAUGGAAUUGCAUUCGUAGAAAAUGUCCCUCCCACUCAAGAACACACAGAGAAGUUGGCAGAAAGGAUCAGCUUGAUCAGAGAAACCAUCUAUGGGAGGAUGUGGUAUUUUACUUCAGACUUCUCCAGGGGCGACACUGCAUACACCAAGCUGGCUUUGGACCGGCACACUGACACGACCUAUUUCCAAGAGCCCUGUGGCAUUCAGGUGUUUCACUGUCUUAAGCAUGAAGGAACAGGUGGCAGGACACUGCUGGUAGAUGGAUUCUAUGCAGCAGAACAGGUACUUCAAAAGGCACCUGAGGAAUUUGAACUCCUCACCGAAGUGCCACUGAAGCAUGAGUAUAUUGAAAAUGUUGGAGAAUGUCACAACCACAUGAUUGGGGUUGGGCCAGUCUUAAAUAUCUACCCUUGGAAUAAAGAGCUGUAUUUGAUCAGAUACAACAACUAUGACAGAGCUGUCAUCAAUACUGUACCUUAUGAUGUUGUCCAUCGUUGGUAUGCAGCACACCGGACUCUGACAGUAGAGUUGAGGAGACCUGAGAAUGAGUUUUGGGUCAAACUAAAGCCUGGCCGGGUCCUAUUUAUAGACAACUGGCGUGUCCUACAUGGCAGGGAAUCCUUCACUGGCUACCGCCAACUUUGUGGGUGCUAUUUAACAAGGGAUGAUGUAUUAAACACUGCUCGUCUCUUGGGGCUUCAGGCUUAAAAUUGACAGCAUUAAGAUUAUGAACACACCUGGUACCCUGGCUACCAGAAUUUCAUAUCAGCAAAAUAAUACUGUGUCAAAAUCUACCUCAAAUUGUCACCUUAUCUCAUCACACAAAACAGAAGUUGCAACUAGAACUAGUUAGAAGGAAAUGCAUAUUAGGAACAAAAGUCUUUAUAAAGUAGCAGUUUGCAAGAUGCUUAGAACACCUUAACACACUUAAAAGUCAUUGAGGACCCCAAAGUGUUCUUGGAUUUGGGUUAUAUCUAUUGAUACUAACUGUAAUAAAUAUUAAGACUGAAAAAUGUUUAAAAUUCGCACAUCCCUCCGUAUCAGAGAGAUGGCAUCAUCACAUGCCAUAUAGCCUUUGGAAAAACCCUCUGUACAUUUGUAAGAUAAUAAGAGUGAAAAAGGAAAAAAUAUCAUCUUAGUGUUAUUAUAAAAAAUAUUUUUAACCCACAGGCCCACUGAAAAGGGCUCAAGGAUCCCUCCAGGUGUUUUCAGACCACGCUUUAAGAACCAUUGGGCUGGAGGGUAACUUAGGACAGUCUUGUACAUAGAUUAUGGAUUAAAGAGUUUAGCUGAAAUCCUAGAUUUAUAUCUACAGUGUCCUAGAACUACAGAUACGAUAGAAAUUGCUUGAUAGCACAAGCUUAGUGAUAAGAUAGUAACUGAAUAUAAACAGUGUUUUAUCUUACAAGAAGGAUUAUCUCCAUCCAAGACAUCUCUUGAAGAGUUAAACUAGGAAGCCACAAUAGCUCCUGUGGAAUAAGUCCAUCAGUUCAAUAAUUAUAUGAAGGAUCAUUGCAGAAAAUUUUUAGAGACUUCUGAGGUUCCAUAUGAUAAUGCAUAUAUACACACAUACACCACAAGACAGUAGAGGGUUAGUCUAUAAGACUGUUCAGUGAACUCAUCAUGACAAAUGAUGUGCCUCCAAAGAACUGGAAAUUAAUAUGCAACCUUGCAUUUUUGCUUUUGAUAAAAUUUAAGAUGCAGUCUAUUUCCUCCAUUUCUGCUAAUCUUUUUUUUUUCUUAUCUUAAAAUAUUAUACAUUUUAGGGGCGCCUUGGUG